UAUCUUGUGAACACUCUGACCCUCUCUAAUAUUUAUAUAUUGCAGCAUCUCGGAAGAGUAAUCUCCUAUCACAUUGGAACCAUUCAUUGUUUUCAUCAAAUAGUCUCAAUCAGAAGAGUUCGAGGGAGAAAAGUUGAGGAUGUUGUGUAAGGAAGGGCUUGUGUUCAUAGCUCAAAUGUAUUUUAACCCUACAGUGGCAGCACUUCUUUCCAUAGCUGUUUUAGUGUUGGUUUCGAAAGUUUGGUGGAGAGUGAGGAGCAAGAAUGAUGGAGGAAUUCCUGGUUACUUGGGGUUACCUUUUGUAGGGGAAACCUUCUCUUUUCUUUCUGCUAAUAACAGUACCAGAGGGUGUUACCACUUUGUCAGACUCCGCAGGUUGUGGCAUGGUAGGUGGUUCAAGACAAGGCUAUUUGGAAAGAUACAUGUGUUUGUUCCAAGCGCAGAGGGGGCAAAAGCAAUAUUUUCCAAUGAUUUUGUCCAAUUCAACAAGGGAUACGUGAAAUCCAUGGGAGAUGCUGUUGGAGAGAAGAGUUUACUAUGCGUUUCCCAUGAGAAUCACAGAAGAAUUAGACGUCUUCUAUCUGAUCCUUUCUCCAUGACUUCUCUGUCUAAGUUUGUCAAAGAAUUUGACGACAUGCUCUCCAAAAGGCUAAAGAAACUAGAAAAAGAUGGGAAAAGUUUUGUACUGCUUGAUUUUAGCAUGAAGAUAACAUUUGAUUCCAUCUGCAAUAUGCUAAUGAGUCUAAGGGAUGAAUCUACACUCAGACAGAUUGAGAAAGACUGUACAGCCGUCUCUGAAGCCAUGUUAUCUUUCCCAUUCAUGAUUCCAGGAACUAGGUACUACAAAGGCAUAAAGGCAAGAAAACGACUCAUGGAAACAUUUAGAGAGAUAAUUUCCCGACGGCGAAGGGGAGAGGAGUCACCAGAAGACUUCCUGGAGUCAAUGUUGCAGAGAGAUUCAUAUCCUUCAAAUGAAAAGCUGGAUGACUCAGAGAUAAUGGAUAACCUAUUGACACUGAUAAUUGCAGGUCAAACCACUACAGCUGCUGCUAUGAUGUGGUGUAUCAAGUUCCUGGACGAGAACAAAGAGGCCCAAGAAAGGCUGCGGGAAGAACAACUGUCAAUUCUACAAAAGAAGGAAGAUGGAGAAUUGCUUACCCUUGAAGAUCUUAAAAAAAUGUCCUACGGUUCAAAGGUUGUCAAGGAGACAUUGAGAAUGUCCAAUGUUUUGCUGUGGUUUCCUCGUGUGGCACUAGGGGAUUGCAGAUUAGAAGAUUUUGAAAUAAAGAAAGGGUGGCAUGUGAACAUCGAUGCAACAUGCAUUCAUUAUGACCCAGAUGUGUACAAGGACCCCAUGAAAUUCAACCCUUCCAGAUUUGAUGAAAUUCAAAAGCCAUACAGUUUCAUACCUUUUGGAUCUGGACCCAGGACCUGUCUAGGAAUUAACAUGGCCAAAUUAACAAUGUUGGUCUUCUUGCACAGAAUGACUGGAGGGUACAGGUGGACGGUUGAUGAUCCAGAUCCUAGCCUUGAAAAGAAGGCACACAUCCCUAGGCUGAGAAGUGGCUGCCCCAUUACUUUGAAAACCUUGUAAGAUGGGACAAGCAUAAAUGGAGGAAUUUUAUAUCAGGUAUAGGUGUAGAUACGAGCAGCAAGAUUCUAAUCCAUGGCAAUGAGAUAAAAUGUGAGGAAGCAGGUGGAUAAUAUGCAUUAUCAUGGCCUCUAAUUAUCCACUCUUUUCUAAGCUUCACAGAAAAGCAAAUUAGAAGAAAAAAAGACAAAAAGGAACUUUGCAACGCUGCAGUGUGAACAAAAAAACUAUUACUGGAGUCUAUAUGAAUUCCACUAUAAUUAGAGAAAACUAAGUUAAGCAAGAGUUCCUACUUGUCAUUUGUCAUGCACUCCAUAAGAUCAAGUUACCUGUUAGGUUUGAUUUUGCACAAAGGCUUUUCUCUCGAUUCUCCAUUGAAGUAUGUAUUUUUUUAAAAUAUUCUUAUAUUUAUGGUGUGAAUAUGUAUGUAGUGCUUGAUAACGUUAACGUUUCAAUGUUAUAUGA